AAUAUAGUAAAUCUAAGUUUUUACAAAGUAGACAAAUAUGGAUUACCAUUGAAAUAUCUCAAAGACCAAAAAGAAACACUGUGGCAAAAUUAUAUCUAUAUGGAAUGAAAAGAACUUCAUUUUUAACACAGUUAAAAGAUAGACCUUAUUGUUAUAAAAACGAUCUAGGUG